AUGGGCUACUCAAAAGCAAGGUUCUUGUCCGGAGUGGUCUUCGCAUGUUGGCAUUUCUCUCGCACCCCGACCUCCACCAUUAGCUGGCAUACAUGGUUUCGAUCAGUUGAGAAAUGGGAGAGCAUCAAUCCCCAUUUGCUGUUCUACUGCUUUCUGCCACCUCUCAUCUUCAGCGAGGCCAUGAAACUCAACGUGCGCCUCGUGCAGAAGUGUUUCACACAGGUCUUUCUCUUAGCCUGUCCCGGCGUUUUGCUGGGCACGGGACUGGUGGCGGCCGUCGCCAAGUAUUUGUUGCCCUACAACUGGUCAUGGGCGGUGUCCUUGACCUUUGGUGCAGUGCUGUCUGCCACGGAUCCUGUAGCAGUCGUUGCACUGUUCUCCACGCUUGGAGUGUCACCCAAGUUGACCAUGCUGGUGAGCGGCGAGAGUCUGAUGAACGACGGUACGGCCAUCGUUGUCUUCGUGCUGAUGUUGAAGGCCGUCCUCGGAGCUUCCCUGGAUGCCACAUCAGUCUUGACCUUCUUUGGUCACAUGUCCUUCAGCUCCAUUGUAUUUGGUUCGUUGAUCGGACUCGCAGCUGUGGCUAUCAUCGGGAAAUGCGCGGAGGAACGCUUCCACAGUGAUCCUUUGAUCCAGGUGAUGAUAACGCUUUGCUGUGCAUAUUUGUCGUUCUUCCUGGGUGAAAGUGAAUUGGCCACCAGUGGCGUGUUGGCCACCGUUUCCGCUGGCUUCAUGGUCGCUUACUUUGCUUGGCCCAGGUUCGUUUCGACAGAGGCCAUCGAAAUCGUGUGGGAGACCGUGGAGUUCACCGGAAACACGGUGAUCUUCUUUUUGGCCGGGCUGCUGUUCGCUGACACCUUGUUGGACUCUGUGGGAAUCAUCCAAGCAGCGGACUUCGGAUGGCUGUUGAUGCUUUACGUAUCAUUGUUGCUGAUCCGGAGCAUCAUGUUGGCUGUGCUGUGGAUACCUCUGCAAAUGGUUGGAAGUCCAAUCGACUGGCGCGAGGGCCUUGCCAUGAUCUGGAGCGGUUUGCGAGGAGCUGUGUCCUUGACCUUGGCCAUCAUCAUCGAUGAGGAACCCGCGGUAUCAAGGGAGAUGGGUGCUCGCAUCAUGUUCCACGUGGGUGGCAUCGCUGCCUUGACGUUGCUGGUGAAUGCCACCACUGCGGCGCCCCUGCUGCGCUAUCUGGGCUUGGCCAGGAGUUCAGGGGCGGAUCAACGGAAGCUACAGGUGCUGACCAAACACUUGGCUCAACACACGCAGGAGAUCAAGGGGCAUCGCGAUCAAGAAGACUUGCGCUUCAAAGGAAUCAACGAGGCCGUGCUUCAAGCCAUGGUCCCUUCAUUGAAGCCAUCCGUCAGCCCACAGGCCUCAGAUGAGUCGAGUUCCGAAACACUGCAAGCCUAUCGUGAAGCCUUCCUGCAAGUGGUGAAGAGUCACUACUGGUCAUCGAUACACCAAGGUUUGGUGCCCCGGACCUCCCAAUCUGCACGUUUGCUGCUGAGCUCCGUUGACAUGGCCCUGGAGAAUGCUGCAGAGUCUCUCUCGGACUGGGAAGGUAUCAAAGCCUGCUUUGAGACUAGCCCUGGUAUUUUCAGUAAACUCACGGGUGAGCACUCCAUGGGAGACAUGAUGCAGAAAGCCUAUUGCGUUCUUUCCUUUCUGGAAGCACAUCGUUGCGCACGAAACGAACUCCCACGAUUUUUCCAUGGAGAUGAUGCCGAGGUGCAGCAACAAGUGGCCAGCGAAUCCUCUGCGGAAUGUUCGCAAGCAGAAGAGAUACUCAAGGCCUUGCCGGAAGACCUCGUGAUGUUGGCGAGGACCGAAAUGUUUGCCCGAAAGCUGCUACAAGAGCAGUUGCAUGAAGUCGAUGAGUUGAAGGAGCGCGGUUUGUUGACAUCGGCUGACGCUUCGAAGUUGGGCCAUCAUGUGCAAUCAGAGCUCCUUACGCUUCUUCAUCGACCUAAGAACGAGUGGCUGGCAUUGAAGGAUGGAGCGAAGUAG